AUGGAACGACUGGUCAAUUAUGACUUGAGUAUACGGUUUUUGUAUACUCAGAACAUGAAUACGUUGAAGCAGGCGUUGAGGAUUACGAUUGUUAUUGUUAGUGUUAGUAUGGUAGGCAUGGCUUGUGUAUUGAUAUUGGUUUACAAGUAUAUUGUGCUGAAGGAAGACGGCAUAACAUGGGUUGAUGUGGUUAUUAUGAAUGUAAGGAGAUUUGGAAUUUGAUUAAAAAUGUUUUUUUUUGAAUUUUUAAAAAAAAAUUUUUUUGGAAAUUUUAAAUAUUUAAAAAUUGGAUUUUCAUUUAAAUACUUCAAACCAAAAUUAACGCUAAAACAACUUUUUUAGAGCUUAAAACUUAAUAACUGUACUAAAAGUUGUUAAAAACUUCAAUUUGUUACCUAAAAAUGAGCAAAAAUGUUAAUUUGUUACCUAAAACUUAACAAAAGUCAUGCUUUUAUACCUAAUAAUAAAGAAUACCUGAUUUUUUUUCCAUACCUAAAAAACCACCAAAUAUCUUAGCUUCAUACCUAUUCUUCCAGUUCCCAUCAAUAAUCCUGGACUUUGAUAACUGGGUUUUCCUAAUACUAUGGUUGUUAUGGUACAGUCCUCUGCAUGGUACUGCAAAACAAGACUAUAACGUACUAUUUUCGAAGAAACGAGUAGAAACAGAAGAGAGGAGUAGUGUCAAGAAUGCAAGAUUAGAAAAGGAAACCAACUUGUACUUUGAUCAGUUGUGCAAAAGCUGGGAUAAACCGGUGUGA